AUGCAGCUUUUCACCAUUGGGCUGUGGCGCCUGAAUGCGGAUGGUUCGCGCAUGCUGGACAGCGAGGGCAAGCCUAUCCCUACAUACAGUAACGAAGACAUCAUGAACUUUGCUCGCGUCUUCACCGGGUUCGACGAGCAGGGAGCACGUGCCAACAUUGAGCACGUCGAGGGCAAGGUGAAUGUGAUUGACCCCAUGCGCCUGCGCGCCGAGUGGCGAGAUGUGUACCCGAAGCCAGAUCUUUUGGGGGGUUAUCUUGGUGACGGGUACCCGCUUUGCAAGGAUCAGCCUGCCCAGGGCUUCUUGCGCCAAGGGGCCAAGUACCGCUUCGUGGGGCAUGCCCACGAGGGCGAGAUCCUUGAGCUGUCCGCGGGCUCCGCACUGUACAACGCACUUUGCGGAGGCACAGAUGCCUGCAGCCAUCAGCUUCUCAUCGAACUGACAGAGACAUUGUCAUGCACAGGCGCCGAAUGUCAGGCCCAGACGGUCAGUAUUGUCAAAGUGGGAGAUGGCUACUACGAGCACCUCUACGAGGCCUGUGUGGGGCUCUUCUUUUCCGAGGGCGAGGAGGUGCUCCUUUACCCAGAUGGCACCAUCGCAUCCAACCUGACGACCAAGUCAAGGCAGAAUCGUUUCGUGGCACGCUGGAUCCCCACCUUCCCAGACCUCUCUACUUGCCCUGCGGGCUGCAGGGCGGGCUAUGAGGUGUGUGCUUGUGCUGGGGCCCUGUCUGUCCAAGAUGGAUUGCAUGUGGUCUCAGCAGGCGGCUUCAUGUUUCAGAACCCACCGGUCUUCAUGGACCGCGAGCACCCACGGAAGCGUGACGCGGCCUUUGAGGUUGAGGCGCUUCUGGAGCACCUCGUGCACUACCCCAACACCCCGAUGUUCAUUGCCUACCGCAUCAUCCAGCGCUUCGUGACCUCAAACCCUAGCCCUGAGUAUGUGCUUGUAGUCAGCCAAGCCUUCCAAACAGGGGAGUACAAUGGCCACACGUACUCUGGAAAGUAUGGUGACCUUGCGGCCACCAUCGCCGCGGUGCUUCUCUUCAGUGAGGCGCGUUCACAAACCAGCACCAGCAAUGGUGUCCUGCGAGAGCCCUACCUGAAAGUUAUCCACUUCAUGCGGUCCAUGGAGUAUCAGGAUGAGAAGGCCCGGCCGAUCAUCCUCCGUAACCUCAUUGAUACCAUCGGCCAGUACCCGUAUGCCUCGCCAACAGUCUUCAACUUCUACAUGCCCGAGUUUAGGCCCGACGGAUUCCCUGAUGGAUUGGUGGCGCCAGAAUUCCAGAUCUACACGGCCCCAAACGCUCUUGCUUUUGCCAAUGGUAUGCACUCACUCAUCAACGACGGCCUCAGCAGCUGCGACUCCGGGUUUGGGGUGGAGGUGGCCGACUGCUCCGCCGGCACAGUGAGCUUCCAGGAGAAGUCGGACAUGAGCGAAGCCCUGGCAGAGCUCGACCUGUUGCUCACGGGAGGCCGCUUGGAGUUCAGGGGAGUGGUGCAGGCUGCCUACCAACGUGACGGGUGGAAGGAUGCACAGAAGAUGAUGGUCCUCACCCCAGAGUUCAACACGCUGGGUAAUCCUAUGCCAGAUGGCGUGCGCCCUCCCUCCCCGCCUCCAAGCACGGGCGCGGCUUCCAGCUACAAGGCUGUGAUCAUGUUCAUGCUCAAGGGCGGCAUGGACAGCUUCAAUAUGCUGGUGCCGCUAAACUGCCCUCUCUACGAUGAGUACCACGAUGUCCGCAAGAGCAUCGCCUUCCUUCCGGAGGAGAUGAAUCAAAUUAACUCCGCCACGCAGUCGUGCUCCCAGUUCGGCAUCCAUCCAAAGCUCCCUUUGUUCAAGGAGCUCUACGAUGAGCAAAGCCUGGCAUUCAUUAGUGAUAUUGGGGCCUUGGUGGAGCCGCUGACGCCGGAGAUGAUCGGGAAGGGCUGGAAUGCCAAGGGAGGCAGCGGAGAGACCUGCCAAGGCCUCUUCAGCCACAACGACCAGCAAAGAGCUGCUGAGACGCUGACAUGCCAGUACGGCAGUGCCGAGUUCAAGGGUGCCGGAGGGCGCAUGGCGGAUGCAGUUGCCGCAGGGACUCAGAAGUACAACACCCAGUCCUUUUCUUUGAAGGGUUCUGCGACGUGGCCUCAGGGCUUCGACAUCCCAGGGGAGGUUCUGGGCUCGAACUCCGGCGGUGGUAGCUCCGCCUUCCCAGAGUACAACCGUUUACAGGACCUUGUCAACAACAUGACGGGCACUCGUCACGGCAACGUCUACUGCGAGGAGUACGCACGACGUUUGGAGCAGGCCAUCAGCUUCAACCUUGGCCUGGAGAAGCAGCUGGAGAACGCGGAGCUGGCCACGGAGUACGAGGUGCGGGGCUGGCAGCCGCUGCGGCAGCAGUUCAAGCAGGCCGCUACGCUGAUUGCCGCGCGCGUGGACCGCCAGGCCGAGCGCGACUUCUUUUUCAUCGAGGACGGUGGCUGGGAUCACCACAAGGGUGUGGAGGGUCGCCUUGCUGGGAGGUUCGAGGAUGUGAACGAGGCGCUGGCAGAGUUCGUCGCCGAGCUCAAGGGGCAGAAUAUCUACGACAGCGUUGUGAUUGUGACACACUCUGAUUUCGCGCGCACCCUCACGCCGAACAGCAAUGCGGGCACCGACCAUGGUUGGGCAGGCACCCACCUGGUGAUCUCUGGUGCCAUCAAGGGCGGUGAGAUCUACAACGAGUUCCCGCAUCUGGCCGAGGGCUCGCCGAUGGACGCGGGCCGCGGCCGCUUGAUCCCCACGUACCCCUUGGAGAACAUGAUGGUUCCGGUGGCAGAGUGGAUGGGCAUGGAAUCAGGGCAGCGCCUGCAGGUGUUUCCAAACUUGGCCAACUUCAACUCUUCGCACCUCUUGGC